AUGUCAUUAGCUGAUAAAAAACAAAUUUCAGCUGCAUCAUUACAAGCAGCAUCACUACAGCCAGAACUUUGGACAUCAUCAUCAAAUGAAGCAUUAAAAUGUUUUAUUACAAAUGAAGAAGAAGCUAUAAAAUUUCAACCAUUAUUUACAUAUCCAAUUUUUGGAGAUGCAGAAUCUAUAUAUGGAUAUAAAGACUUGGAUAUUUUUUUGUGUUUUGAUCAUUAUACUUUUAAACCAUUUUUAAAUAUAAAAUAUUCACAAAAAUUAGAAGAUAAUGAUUUAAUUGAUAUAAAAGAAACUGUUGAUAAAUAUUUACCUGAUUCUACUAUUUUUAAAGAUGAAAUAAAAUGGGUUGAUUCAAUAAAAGAAGAAAAAAAAAGUUAUAAAAUACCUGGUAAUAAAAUAGAUGAGUUUAAAGUUGAUAAUAUAGAAUAUGAAAUAUAUAAAAUUGAUUUAAAAUCAAAAGAAGGAUUAGAAUUACAUAAGAGAUUACAAAUAUUAGUACUUUUAUAUAUUGAAGCAGGUUCAUUUAUAGAUUCAGAAGAUGAAUUAUGGAAUUUAUAUGUAUUUUAUGAAAAACCACAAGGAGAAAAUGAACCAUCAAUUGUGGGAUUUACAACAGCUUAUAAUUAUUGGAAAUAUCCAGGAGCUAUAAAAUUUGAUGAAGGUAUAAAAGAAAUAAGAAUAAAAAUAUCACAAUUUAUAAUAUUACCAAUUUAUCAAGGUAAUGGAUUAGGUCAAUUAUUUUAUAGUCAUUUAUGUGAUAUAUGGUUAAAAGAUUCAAAUAUUAUUGAAAUUGUAGUUGAAGAUCCAAAUGAACAAUUUGAUGAUUUAAGAGAUAAAGCAGAUUUAAAAAGAUUAAGAAAUUUAUCAUUUGAUUUUGGGAAAGUUAUACCUAAAAUUGAUUCUGAUUGGGUUAAUACUACUAAAAAGAAUUUAAAGUUUGAAAAUCGUCAAUUUUCAAGAUUAUUAGAAUUAAUAUUAUUAUAUAAAUUAAAACAUACAAAAGAUAUAUCAACUGCUGAUGUUCGAAAAUUUAUUAAACAAAGAUUGUACAAAAAGAAUAAAGAAGGUUUAGAUAGUUUAGAUGAAAAUAAUAGGAAAGAUAAAUUACAAACUGCUUAUCAAGCUUUAGAAGAUGAUUAUUAUAGGAUAUUGGGUGAUAUAAAUUUACCAACUAAAAGAAAAAGAGAUGAAGGGAAGAUGGUAGAUAAGACAUAA